CAGAUUCCCGUCUUCCUAACUCUGUUGCAUAAACCUCGAUGUAAACACAAACUUGCGAGAGAAAAUCACGGUCGUGGGUUAAUUUUUCUUCCCUUUUUUUCUUGUUCUUCGGGAAGUUGUUGUAUUAUCAUUGUCUCUCUGGCAUUUGUGUUUUGUGAUAGAUAUCGCGGUAAAGGAGGUUUUUGAGUCGAAAUGCUGCGUCAGUUGGUGAAUUCUACGGCGAGAGUUGCUGCUCAGAGGCGAAGGUUGGGAAUCCAGUUACUUCAGCCAAGAUGUCACCAGUCAACUAGCAUUGAUGAGGACAAGACAACAGCUACUAUUUUAAACCAGGAAGCAGAUUCUGGGCUCAUGGUAGAUGCAUACAGCCAGGUUGGAUUCAGACUAAAUAAUGGGAUGAAAGUGUUAGGCCCUAUUGCUAUAUUCCCUAGAUCUGUUCUUAGUUGGAAGGUGAAAUCUGUAGAGGAUAUCAAUGAAGAUUCACUGUCUCUCUUUCACAUGCUGGUACCUAAAAUUGAUCUUUUAGUGAUUGGUGUAGGAGACAAAGGCAAUAAAGUUGACCCUCAUAUUGUGCACUACAUGAAGAAUAAAGGCAUUACAUUGGAG